AUGAAUUUUUCAACAAUACGUCAAACAUCAACAAUUAUUCCUGUUGAUAGUAGUAUGAUCAAUAAUUCAUCAUCACAUUUAAGACAGAUUGAAGUUUUUGAAGAUUAUUCACAAGCUGUUGAUAAUUGGCGAAAAAAACGUGAACAAAAACGUUUGAAAAAUGUUAAUACAGAUAAUGAUCAAUCAAUAUUACCAUUCAAAAUUGAUACUAUUAUAAAACCUGAAGAAAUAAAAAAACCAAUAAAUGUAUCUCUUCCAAAACCUCAACGGAUAUUAUCAUCACCACCAAUUGAACCAGUUAAAUCAAAAAGUCCUUCACCUCUACGUGUUAAAGGUCCAGCGAAAAUUCGUGAAAUAUUCAUUGAGAAACCUAUUGAUAUACGUGGCUUUGGUUUUAAACUUGAUGGUGGUCGAAUACAAAAUCGACCUAUUUUUAUUUCAACUAUUGAAGAAGGUAGUCCUGCGGAUAAAGCUGGUCUAUGUAUUGAUGAUGAAAUAAUAUCAAUGAAUGAUGAAAAUAUUGAAAAUAUGACAUUUGAUCAAGUACGAAAAAUUCUUAAAGAACGAAAUUUACGUGGAAGUAUUAAAAUGAUUAUUAGAACAUUUGAAGAUGUAGUGGAUGAUUAUUCUCAAACAAUGAUAAUAGGACGUACAAUUGAUCAUAGUCGAACGCCAUCACCUCAAAAAAUAAUUUCAACGCCGACAGUACCAUCUAUAUCUGUUACAGCACCUAAAACUAAUAUAAUGCCAUUAGCUACAACAAAUGUUCAAUCAUCUGUUUCUACAUCUUUACCUUAUAAUUCAUCUGAUAUAACAAAAACUAUUCCAAUACAACAAACACCAACAUCAUCUUUGAAUAUAUUUGCACCAAAACCAUUUCGUUCAACAAUUUCAACUAAUCUUGAUACAAAAAUUAAUCAUGAACCCAGUAUUUAUGAUAAAGAACUUCAAGAUCUUGAGAUUGAAUUUGAAAAACAAUUAAAAGGCAUUAAUGAGACACAAAAACGAGAGACAACAAUUAAUAAUGAAAAGCAAGAAACAAACAUGUCGAAAUCACCACCACAGGUCGUAGUUACUACACCUCAAACACUUGUUAAUCAAUCACUACCAUUAUCAUCUGUUGAUUCAUCUGUACAUCGAAAUUUGAAUACUGAUAGUGAUGCAACACAAUCACGUAAUGAGUCUCCUAUUGCUCAAGUACGUUCAUAUGUUGAAAAACAAAUGGAUCAACUUCAACAAGAACUUGAAUUUGGUUUUCCUCGUACAACAAAACUUUCAUCAACAUCUCAUCUUACAACACCUGCACGAGAACAACAACAACAACAACAACAACAACCGGUGACUAUUCCUAUUAAUUUAACAAAUUCUUCAUUAUCACCAACAAUUCAACCAAUACAACAAGAUUUUUUACGUUCAUCAUUAAAAAAAUCUUCUUCGACACAAAAUCAUCUCGAUCAAAUUCCAUUAAAUCGUACAUAUGGUUUAAAAAUUAAUCCUAAUGAACAAGUUAUUCAUUAUAUUGAACCAUAUACACAACAAAAAUUAUCAUCAAAUUAUACAAAACAUUCUAUACCUGAUUUACCAUCAAUGACAACAAUAAAUCGACCAACAACAACAACACAUUCAUUAGAAGAAACAAUAAAUGAAUUACGAACAACAAUGCCUGAAUCAUAUACAUCUCAAACACAAAUUAUAAAUCAACAACAAAAAAAAGUUACAAUUCAAUUAGGUGGUAAAAUACCACCACAAAGAAUAACAAAUAAACAACUUCAUGCAACAUUAAAUCAAGCACCACGUAAAACUCAUUUUGAAGAUCAAGCAUGGAUUAAUGAUGAUCAACGAAAACAAAUGUCUAUGAAAAGUAAUGGUCGUCGUAUAGCACCACUUGCACCACAUCAUCAAGAAUUACAAAUAUCUAAACAAUCAAUACAUAAUUAUCAUGAUCAUCAUUUAAGAAAUGGACAACAAAGAAAUUUUGAUAUAUCUCCAAAUCGACAACAUCGAACAAAAUCACCAGUUCGUACAAUGAGUAAUAAUCCUAAUGAACGAGUUUUGUCAGUUAGUGGAAAAUUACGUUGUUCUAGAUGUAAUGAUGAAUUAGGACAAGGUUCAGCUAUGGUUAUUGAAUCACUUGGAUUAUAUUAUCAUCUAGAAUGUUUUCGUUGUUGUGUUUGUAAUAUUCCACUUUCAUCAUCAUUUGAAGGUACUGAUGUUCGUGUACGCAAUAAUCGACUUCAUUGUCAAAAUUGUUUUUCCGAUGAAAAUGAAAUGCUCUAUCAAGAAGCCUAUCGCCUUUGGCAAAUACAUCAAAAAACUAAUCGAUCAAUACGAAGUCUUGUUGCACAAAGUUUCUAUAAGAAUAAACCACAAUUAUUGGCACUUCUUUCAAAAGUUAUUCAACAUCGUACUUUAUUACAAACAAUUAUUGAUCGAUGUCAAUUAUUAGAAAAAGAAAAAUUUUUAUCUAAAGAUUUAGCACUUAUACUUAUUUAUGAUCAAGUUUUUGGAACACGUGUUAGAGGUAAAUUUAAGGGUAUGUUAAAACGUAAUCAAUCAUCUAUUGAUAAAUGUAUUGAAACACUUUUGAAUGAACAAAAUUUGUCUUCCAUAUCAGAAUUAAUUGAAACAACAUCAAAAAUAAAAAAUUCAUCAAAUGAAAUUCCUCGUUAUGUUCGUAUAAAUCUAUUAAAAACUACAGCAAAAAAACUUCGAUUAAAUCUUAAACAAUUAUUAUUUAAAAAGAUUAAAAAUGUGUGA